UUCGUGCGAAGGCUUACUAAAAUUCCUGUACCCACUGUCUGGUGCACGGUUCCUUUUGCUGGGUCAAGGUGGAUGGUUCUUAGCAGAAUUAAAGGAGAAGCUAUGAACCAGCGAGGCUGGGAUGAUCUUGAUAGGGAUUCGCAAGAUAAAAUCAUCAUACAGUUACGGGACAUGGUUUCCCAGCUACGCGACAUCGAACCUCCUGUCAGACCCGAGAUAUGUUUUAUCCUUGGUGGCCCCGUUGCCGACUUGCGUUUGUGCCCG